AUGUAUGAAAUCAACCAAACUGAAGUGAGGGAGAUUCUGCUGUUAGGUUUGCAGAAUCCCCAGAUUUUGACUCCGGUUCUGUUUGUUCUGUUCCUUGGGAUCUACAUCUUGACGUUAGUCGGGAACCUGCUGAUUAUUAUAUUGGUGGCCAAGUUUCCGAGGCUGCAAUCUCCCAUGUAUUUCUUCCUCACUCAGUUAUCAUUGAGCGAUAUCCUGAUUAUCACCAUAACAGUCCCCAACCUGCUCCAUGUUAUCAUUAAUGGAGGAAGCAGAAUAUCUUUAACUGGCUGCAUCUCUCAGUUUUACUUUUUUUCUGUUAUAGAAGGUACAGAGUGUCUUCUUCUCACGAUGAUGUCCUUUGACCGGUAUUUGGCCAUUUGUCGCCCCCUGCAUUACACGUCCAUCAUGACUGUUAGGCUGUGUUUCCAACUCGUUCUUUCUUCUUGGCUUUCAACAAGUAUAACUGUAUCUAUCAUUGUAACUUUGAUUUCUGUUUUGCAGUUUUGUAGUCAUGCUAUUGACCAUUAUUUUUGUGAUUUCUUUCCUCUCCUAGAGUUGUCAUGUACAACGCAUACACUUGCUGAACUUGUAGACUUUAUCUUUGCCAUACCCUUUGUAGUCUUCCCUUUCUUCUUUAUUAUUUUCACAUACAUUUCAAUUUGUAUCACCAUUCUUGGAAUUUCCUCCAGCACCGGGAGGCAGAAAGCCUUCUCCACCUGCAGCUCUCACCUGACUAUUGUGUGUACCUACUAUGGGACUCUAAUAUCAGUUUAUGUUGCCCCCUCCAAAGGGCAACCAUUUAAUAUAAAUAAAGUACUAUCUCUUUUAUUUACAGUGGUAGGGCCAUUUUCUAACCCAAUUAUAUACAGUCUUAGAAAUGAAGAGAUCAAAAUACAUUUUCAAAAAUUCAUUUUAAAUUGCCGAUUGUAG